UCAAACCUUAGCCAACAGCAACACCAACCAAAACAAGAAAUCUAAACUCUCUCAAUUUCUACCAAAACUACACAAACACAACAACCGAAUUUUAGUGAUGCCAAAAGUAUACCCCAAAACUGUUGUUAUUCCAGCACUGGUUUCUUCUGAUAAUAAGCAACGUUUUCUCAAUGAAUCUUCUACCGCAGGGCGGAAUCUUAACCCGGAAAUCCUCACAGUUUGGAAGAAAUCGUUGCUCUUCAAUUGCUAUGGAUUUACCGUCUUCGAUACGAAAGGAAAUCUUGUUUUUCGAGUCGAUAAUUACGCCGCUGGUAACAAGGCGGAGAUUGUUCUCAUGGAUGCCUCUGGCCGCUCUCUCCUCACCAUCCGCCGCAAGAGGUUAAGCUUGACGGAGAGUUGGCUAGUGUAUGACGGCGAAACAACGGUGAAUCCGCGAUUCUCGGUGACGAAAAACGUGAAUUUCUUGAACACAAAAUCACUAGCGCACGUUAGCACCACCGGAUCACCGAAGAACAGGAACAAAAAGAACGUGGCGUACGAGAUCGAAGGCUCGUACUCGCAGCGGAGCUGUGUCAUGUACGACGACAGACGGCGUCGCAUUGCGGAGCUCAAGCGAAAGGAAGCCGUUAGAGGCGUUGUUUUCGGUGGAGACGUUUUCCGGCUAGUUGUACAGCCGGAAAUCGAUUCCACCAUUCCGAUGGCUCUAGUUGUGCUUCUAGACCAGAUGUUUGGUGGUCAUUCUAGAAAGUUCACUUCUUAAACUGGGUUUAAUUGAAUUUGAAUCGAGUCGAAUUGCGAGUUUCCGAUCCGGUUUGGUACAUAGAUUACAUCUGGAUCAUGAUAUCUUCAUUAUGAGUCAUUGAAGAAAUAAAGAUUGAUGACUAUGAGGCUCACAAUGAGAUGUUUUUGCUUUACAAAAACGGAAUUUAGGAUUGUGUCGGUUGGUACCUUGUACUUAAUACAUAGAGUAGGUUGUGAGUUUAUUUCGCUUCAUCAAGUUUUCAAAAUAGAGAAUCAUAUAGAAAAAUACAUGUAUGUUUUGUUUUGUACUUAACAUAAACAUUGCGUAUAUAGAUUAUCAGUUUUGUAAUUAAUGUGAUUUCAUAUAAUUUUAUGA